ACGUUCCCACUCAUUCGAUCAAGCAGUCUCUCGCGCGGAUCUGUUCUCGGGUUGGGUCCGUCCGUAGAUUGAAAAGACCUUCGCGCGACAGUCACCGAGUUCGCGGGUUGAUAUUUAAUUGAAUGAAUUUCGAAAACUCCGCUUAGUUGAGUCGUACUCGUGGAACAGUGAACAAGUGAUCUCUCUCCGGACUUGCCGUGACGGUUCGCGCAGCUAGUGUAGUGUACCUAUAAAUUACCUUCUACUAAGAAGAUUGAGGAAAAAGUGAUACUUUUGUGGCGUUUUUGUGGAGCAACUGAAACGAAUUACCUCAUCAUAGCAAUCUGAGAGAAGUUGCGGGUGAAAAAGCAAAUAACAGCGGAGGCGGAGAAUUUUCUGAAUAGAUUAGCAAGUGCCUACUUGAUGCGGAUGCAUGGCAUGUGAUGCAAAGUGCUGAGCUAUAAGUGUUUAAAUUAAUUGAAUACAUCUGAGAAAAAUUUACAUAAGUGAUUACAAAUCGAUUAAAACGAUUGGGGUAAAAGUGUUUACAAGAUGGGAAUUAAAAAGCGUGAUGAACGGGAUAAGUUGAAGAGUCAGAGUUUGAUUGACUCUGAAAAAAUGGUUCACUCUGUAGCUGGUGGAACGGAGCUCAGUACAACUGGUACGGAUGUACAUCAGCAAGGUUCUUCCACGACAUAUACUAGCAGCAGCACUAGCAGUAGCAGUAAAACGCAAAAAGCGUCGUCCAGUUCAACUAGUAAAAAUGUGAUUGAACAUGUGGCAGUUAGUGGUGCACACGAUAUGUCGCAAAAAAUGGGUGAAUCAAAGACCAGCAUGGGCGGGGGCACAAGUGUAAAAGAAUCGCAACAGGGUCACAAGUUCAGUGAAUCGAAAAGUCAGAUUGGGUCGAAACAAAUCGAUAAUAUAAUUCAAGAAAUAAAGUAUAUAGCCAGUGACACGGUUGACUCAACAAAACGUAUUUCAACCGUUCAAAAAGUCAGUGAUAGUUCCAAAAGUGACAAAGAACUACGCGAAGCUUUGACCAAUUUCGACGAAGUAGCGAAAGCAACAAUAUCAGACAUUCAAGGUUCGACGAAAAGCCAUAUCAGUGGGAACGUAUCGAGUGUAUCAAAAAGCAUGUCCAGUAGCAAAAUGGUGCAAAGUGGCAGCUCCAGUUCCACAGUUAAUAACAGUGCCAUAAAAACGCAUCAGUCUUCGAUGAGCAGUAGUGAAAAAAUGAUAAGUGAUCAAAGUUCUUCUAGCGCGCAGCAAACGAGUAGUUCGUUAAUGAAAUCAAGCAACAUGACAUCAUCGAAAACACAAUCGUCAUCCACGUCGAAUACGAUCCUGGAUUCUUCAACAUUCCAUUCGGACAGUGCCGAUAUAAAAAUGUUAAAGUCAGAUUCCAAUGCAAAAGACACAAAGCUGACAAUCGGGAGUCAGUUAAGGGACUUGGGAGGAGAUCAUUCCAUUUUACAACAAUCUAGCACUUAUCACGUUGAUGGUUCAGGCGGAAAGCACUAUGCCGACAGUCAGAGCUACUCUAUGGCGGAGAAAAAUGCUCCAACAACAGAGAUCAUCUAUGAUUCUGCCGGUAAUAAAAUCACCAACACGAAGUCAUCGUCAAAGUCUGCCCAAGGAUUUUCGUCGUCAACAUUCCAAACUAGUGGUGGUACAUAUAUUGGACCCUCCGGUGAAAACGUGAUUCAAAGCAGCUCUAGCACUCAUGAUUCUAAACAUGCCACGUCCAGCUCAUCUACGUACAUGUCUACAUCCGCAUCAGACCAGAAGAUCUCAUCGAGUUCCAAUAAAUCUACCAGUGCUCAUCAAAACACAAACUUAAAGAGUUCUGUAAUAGAUUCCACGUCUCUAGAAAAUUAUAAAAUCCAAGACUCAAGUCAGCAAGUAGACAAUAACAUGUUAACUAGAGACGUCUCCGCGCAUACAAUCAGCAGUUUGUCUUCAGCGCAUGACUCUUUGGGAAAUACGAUUCAAAGCACGCAAUUAGCCACAGAAUCAUCUCAAGACACUUCCUCACACCUGAAUCAGCAUGCUGAAAGCACUAAAACGUACGAAAGUUCUUCCCAUUUUGAGAAAAUGGACGAGAAAAGUAGCUCCCGCAAGAAGGUCACCGAUUUCUACGAGCAGCGCGAAUCUAACUCCUCCAUCCUGAAGCGCAAGACCUACGACGAGAAGGUGAGACGCCUUAAUCUGAUCGACCAGAAAAUUGUCCCCAAGGAUGUGAUUAUCCAGGAUAUUCAGGAUGACGUAACAAAUGUCACGCGAACAUCUUUCGAAGCGAAACUGUUUAAUCCGAAAACGAAACGUUGGGAGCUGGUUGACCAGAAAACCAUCCUCGAAAAGGACAUCACUGUUUCUAUUCCCGAGGAAAUCGUUCACGAACUUGAGGUGGAACGCCCCGAACUGGCGAACAUUACAACAACGAUCCAAUUAACCAAGGUUUAUGAUGCGAAAACUAAGCAAUGGACGACAGUAGAUCAGAAAAAGCACACAGAUGUGCUGGAAAAAAUAAGUUACCUUGAAGAAAGCAGGGGUCGCACCGAAUUGAAUGAGUCGGAGCGAGUAAAGAACCUACAGUCUAUAGACACAGUUGAUAAAGUCAUCAUCAAAGAUAGAAGUGAUCUUAAUAAGCUGAAUCGCCAAUCCGAGAAAGUUGUCAAGGAGCAAUGCAUCUGUGAGAUCUGUACCUGUGGUCGUCACAAUUGCUUCAACUGCGGUAGUGGAACAACUCAGAAAACGUCGUCAUCAAAGCUUGCUACUGUUAGUACUACAGAAAACUUCUAUCAGCAAGAAUCCUCUCAAGUUAAUGAAGACACGUUCGUUCGACGUCGGACUUGGACAAAAGAAGACGCCGAGGAUUAUCUAAGUCGCGUGGAGUCUUCAUCCAUUGAGCGAAGCAGCACUGAACAGAACGUCUCCAACCGGAGACUCACGUGGACCAAAGAAGAUUUUGAAAAUGUUGACAUUGCAAGACUGAAACAAUCCAGCGUUGUAAUUGAAAGACAACAGCCCAUCCGUCAUGAAGAUAACUUGAAACCGGAAGGUGAUUUUGUGAGACCAGAGAAAACGUCUUUCCAACCGGCAGAGAGACCUAAACAAAUUCGUCCAGAGGAUAAUUUACGAACCGAGGGAAUAUUUGAAACUCCUGAAAAGCCAAAAUAUCAGCCUGGUGAAAGACAAAAGCCAAUCCGCCAUGAUGACAACCUUCGACCGGAAGGAGAUUUUGAGCGCCCUGAGAAGAGUCCAUUUAGGCCAGCCGAACGCCCGAAACAGAUUCGACCAGAGGACAAUCUGAGACCAGAAGGAGCAUUCGAGUCUCCCGACAAGCCCAAAUAUCAGCCAGGCGAGAGACAAAAACCAAUUCGACAUGAUGACAAUCUCCGACCUGAAGGAGAUUUCGAGCGUCCUGAGAAAAGUCCAUUUAGACCAGCUGAGCGUCCGAAGCAGAUCCGACCAGAAGACAAUCUGAGACCAGAAGGCGCCUUUGAGUCUCCUGACAAGCCAAAAUACCAACCCGGUGAGAGACAAAAGCCAAUUCGACAUGAUGACAAUCUCAGACCGGAAGGAGAUUUCGAGCGUCCUGAGAAGAGUCCAUUCAGACCAGCUGAGCGUCCGAAGCAGAUACGCCCAGAAGAUAAUCUGAGACCAGAAGGUGCCUUCGAGUCUCCCGACAAACCAAAAUAUCAACCUGGUGAGAGACAAAAGCCAAUUCGACAUGAUGACAAUCUCAGACCGGAAGGAGAUUUCGAACGUCCUGAGAAGAGUCCAUUUAGACCAGCUGAGCGUCCGAAGCAGAUUCGACCAGAGGACAAUCUGAGACCAGAAGGCGCAUUUGAGUCUCCUGACAAGCCAAAAUACCAGCCCGGUGAGAGGCAGAAGCCCAUCCGUCAUGAUGAUAACCUCAGACCGGAAGGAGAUUUCGAACGUCCUGAGAAGAGUCCAUUUAGACCAGCUGAGCGUCCGAAGCAGAUACGUCCAGAAGACAAUCUGAGACCAGAAGGCGCUUUUGAGUCACCGGAAAAGCCAAAAUAUCAACCGGGCGAGAGGCAAAAACCAAUUAGACAUGAUGACAAUCUCAACCCGGAAGGACAUUUUGAGCGUCCUGAAAAGAGUCCAUUUAGACCAGCUGAGCGUCCGAAGCAGAUCCGACCUGAGGACAACCUGAGACCAGAAGGAGCAUUUGAGUCUCCUGACAAGCCAAAAUAUCAGCCCGGUGAGAGGCAGAAGCCCAUCCGUCAUGAUGAUAACCUCAGACCGGAAGGAGAUUUCGAGCGUCCUGAGAAGAGUCCAUUUAGACCAGCUGAGCGUCCGAAGCAGAUACGUCCAGAAGACAAUCUGAGACCAGAAGGCGCUUUUGAGUCACCGGAAAAGCCAAAAUAUCAACCGGGCGAGAGGCAAAAACCAAUUAGACAUGAUGACAAUCUCAGACCGGAAGGAGAUUUCGAGCGUCCUGAAAAGAGUCCAUUUAGACCAGCUGAGCGUCCGAAGCAGAUCCGACCAGAGGACAAUCUGAGACCAGAAGGAGCAUUUGAGUCUCCUGACAAGCCAAAAUACCAGCCCGGUGAGAGGCAGAAGCCCAUCCGUCAUGAUGAUAACCUAAGACCGGAAGGAGAUUUCGAGCGUCCUGAGAAGAGUCCAUUUAGACCAGCUGAGCGUCCGAAGCAGAUCCGACCAGAGGACAAUCUGAGACCAGAAGGCGCCUUCGAGUCUCCUGACAAGCCAAAAUAUCAACCCGGUGAGAGACAAAAGCCAAUUAGACAUGAUGACAAUCUCAAACCGGAAGGAGAUUUCGAGCGUCCUGAGAAGAGUCCAUUUAGACCAGCUGAGCGUCCGAAGCAGAUCCGACCAGAGGACAAUCUACGACCAGAAGGCGCUUUUGAGUCGCCCGAAAAGCCAAAAUAUCAACCGGGCGAGAGGCAAAAACCAAUUAGACAUGAUGACAAUCUCAAACCGGAAGGAGAUUUCGAGCGUCCCGAAAAGAGUCCAUUUAGACCAGCUGAGCGUCCGAAGCAGUUCCGACCAGAGGACAAUCUGAGACCAGAAGGCGCAUUUGAGUCUCCUGACAAGCCAAAAUACCAACCCGGUGAGAGGCAGAAGCCCAUCCGUCAUGAUGAUAACCUCAGACCGGAAGGAGAUUUCGAACGUCCUGAGAAGAGUCCAUUUAGACCAGCUGAGCGUCCGAAGCAGAUCCGACCAGAGGACAAUCUGAGACCAGAAGGCGCAUUUGAAUCUCCCGAAAAGCCAAAAUACCAACCCGGUGAGAGACAAAAGCCCAUCCGUCAUGAUGAUAACCUCAGACCGGAAGGAGAUUUCGAGCGUCCUGAGAAGAGUCCAUUUAGACCAGCUGAGCGUCCGAAGCAGAUCCGACCUGAGGACAAUCUGAGACCAGAAGGCGCAUUUGAAUCGCCCGAAAAGCCAAAAUAUCAACCAGGUGAGAGACAAAAGCCAAUUAGACAUGAUGACAAUCUCAGACCGGAAGGAGAUUUCGAGCGUCCUGAGAAGAGUCCAUUUAGACCAGCUGAGCGUCCGAAACAGAUUCGACCAGAGGACAAUCUGAGACCAGAAGGCGCAUUUGAAUCGCCCGAAAAGCCAAAAUACCAACCCGGUGAGAGACAGAAGCCCAUCCGUCAUGAUGAUAACCUCAGACCGGAAGGAGAUUUCGAACGUCCUGAGAAGAGUCCAUUUAGACCAGCUGAGCGUCCGAAACAGAUUCGACCAGAGGACAAUCUGAGACCUGAGGGGGAUUUUGAACGCCCUCAACCAUCAGUUUACCAUCAAGCAGAGCGAUCGCAAGUUAUUCGACGUGAAGAUAAUCUUUUCCUUGAAGGGUCGUUCGAGAGAACCGAAAAAACUAUUUAUGUAUCUGGUGAACGUUCAAAACCUAUUAGACAUGACGACAACUUGAGACCGGAAGGCGACUUCGAACGUCCAGAGAAGGCUCCAUUCCGACCAGCUGAACGUCCAAAACAGAUCAGACCAGAAGACAAUCUUAGACCAGAAGGAGCAUUCGAAUCUCCCGAGAAGCCGAAAUACCAACCAGGGGAGAGACAAAAGCCUAUACGUCACGAUGAUAAUCUCAAGCCGGAAGGCGACUUUGAACGUCCUGAGAAGGCUCCAUUCCGACCAGCUGAGCGUCCGAAACAGGUCAGACCAGAGGACAAUCUUAGACCAGAAGGAGCGUUCGAAUCUCCCGAGAAGCCGAAAUACCAACCAGGGGAGAGACAGAAACCUAUCCGUCACGAUGAUAAUCUCAGACCGGAAGGCGACUUUGAACGUCCUGAGAAGGCUCCAUUUCGACCAGCUGAACGUCCAAAACAGAUCAGACCAGAAGACAAUCUUAGGCCAGAAGGAGCAUUCGAAUCUCCUGAGAAGCCGAAAUACCAACCAGGGGAGAGACAAAAGCCUAUACGUCACGAUGAUAAUCUCAAACCGGAAGGCGACUUUGAACGUCCUGAGAAGGCUCCAUUCCGACCAGCUGAGCGUCCGAAACAGGUCAGAUCAGAGGACAAUCUUAGACCUGAGGGAGAUUUUGAACGCCCUCAACCAUCAGUUUACCAUCAAGCAGAGCGAUCAAGUAUCCGGCGCGAAGAUAAUCUAUUCCUUGAAGGAUCAUUUGAGCGAACUGAAAAAACCGUUUAUGUGGCUGGUGAGCGUUCGAAACCUAUUAAACACGACGACAACCUAAGACCGGAAGGCGACUUUGAACGUCCAGAGAAGGCUCCAUUCCGUCCAGCUGAACGUCCAAAGCAGGUCAGACCAGAGGAUAAUUUGAGAACAGAAGGAGCAUUUGAAUCUCCCGAGAAGCCGAAAUAUCAACCAGGAGAGCAGAAGCCUAUACGUCACGAUGACAAUCUCAAACCAGAAGGCGAAUUUGAACGCCCUGAGAAGGCUCCAUUCCGACCAGCUGAACGUCCGAAACAGGUUAGACCGGAGGACAAUCUUCGACCAGAAGGUACAUUUGAAUCUCCUGAGAAGCCGAAAUAUCAACGAGAGAGACAGAAACCUAUCCGUCAUGAUGAUAACCUUAAGCCAGAAGGAGACUUUGAACGCCCUGAGAAAGCUCCAUUCCGACCUGCAGAGCGUCCAAAACAGGUGCGUCCUGAGGACAAUCUCAGACCUGAGGGAGAUUUUGAACGUCCUAAGCCAUCAGUUUAUCAUCAAGCAGAACGAUCACAAGUAAUCCGUCACGAAGAUAACUUAUUCCUUGAAGGAACCUUUGAAAGAACCGAAAAACUUUAUGUGGCUGGUGAACGUUCUAAACCAAUUAAACACGACGACAACUUGAGACCUGAAGGCGGCUUUGAGCGUCCUGAAAAGGCUCCAUUCCGACCUGCUGAGCGGCCAAAACAGAUUCGUCCAGAGGACAAUCUUAAACCUGAAGGAACUUUCGAAACGCCUGAGAAACCGAAAUACCAACCAGGCGAGAGACAGAAACCUAUCCGUCACGACGACAAUCUCAAACCGGAAGGAGACUUCGAAAGACCGGAGAAGUCACCAUUCCGACCAGCUGAGCGUCCAAAACAAGUUCGUCCAGAAGACAACCUCAGACCAGAAGGAGCAUUUGAAUCACCUGAGAAGCCAAAAUAUCAACCAGAAAGACAAAAACCCAUACGCCCCGAUGACAAUCUUAGAACGGAAGGAGAUUUUGAGCGUCCAGUGAAGGUUCCAUUUAAGCCAGCUGAACGCCCGAAACAGAUUAGACCAGAGGACAAUCUUAGACCAGAAGGCGCUUUGAGUCUCCCUGAAAGGCAAAAAUACGAACCAGGUGAAAGGCAGAAGCCGAUACGUCAUGAUGACAAUCUCAAACCAGAAGGAGAUUUUGAAAGACCCGAGAAGUCACCAUUCCGACCAGCUGAGCGACCAAAACAGGUUCGUCCAGAGGACAAUCUUAAACCAGAAGGAGCUUUCGAAACACCCGAGAAGCCCAAAUACCAACCAGGUGAGAGACAGAAACCUAUCCGUCAUGAUGAUAACCUAAGAACGGAAGGAGAUUUCGAACGUCCUGAGAAGGUUCCAUUUAGACCAGCUGAGCGCCCGAAACAGAUUCGACCAGAGGACAAUCUCAAACCUGAAGGAGCAUUCGAGUCACCUGAAAAACCAAAAUACCAACCAGGUGAAAGACAGAAGCCUAUUCGUCACGACGAUAAUCUCAAAACAGAGGGAGAUUUCGAACGGCCUGAAAAGGCUCCAUUCCGUCCAGCAGAGCGUCCAAAACAAGUUCGUCCGGAAGACAAUCUAAGACCCGAAGGAGCAUUUGAGUCACCAGAAAAAUCAAAAUAUCAACCUGGUGAGAGACAAAAACCCAUCCGCCACGAUGACAAUCUUAGAACGGAAGGAGAUUUCGAGCGCCCUGAGAAGGUUCCAUUUAGACCAGCUGAGCGUCCGAAGCAGAUUCGACCAGAGGACAAUCUCAAACCUGAAGGAGCAUUCGAGUCGCCUGAAAAACCAAAAUAUCAGCCAGGUGAAAGGCAGAAGCCCAUUCGUCACGACGAUAAUCUCAGAACAGAGGGUGAUUUCGAACGGCCUGAAAAGGCUCCGUUCCGUCCAGCAGAGCGUCCAAAACAAGUUCGUCCAGAGGACAAUCUCAAACCGGAAGGAGGCUUUGAACGUCCUGAAAAAGCUCCAUUUAGACCAGCUGAGCGACCAAAACAGAUUCGACCAGAAGAUAAUCUGAGACCAGAAGGAGCAUUCGAGUCACAUGACAAACCAAAAUAUCAACCAGGAGAGAUACAGAAGCCCAUUCGCCAUGAUGACAAUCUCAGACCUGAAGGAGAUUUUGAGAGACCUGAGAAGGCUCCAUUCCGACCUGCUGAGCGGCCUAAACAGGUUCGCCCAGAAGAUAAUCUCAAACCGGAAGGCGAAUUCGAGAGACCACAACAUUCUGUUUACAUUGCUGGUGAACGUCCGAAACCGAUUAAACCGGACGAUAAUCUCAGACCAGAAGGUGAUUUUACCACUCCUGAGAAAACUGAAUAUCGACCAGCUGAGAGACCAAAACAGGUUAAACCGGAAGAUAAUUUGAAACCUGAAGGGUCUUUUGAACGCCCUGCAAAACCCGGUUUCCAGCCUGCUGAAAGGCCGAAGCAAGUACGUCCAUUAGAUAACUUGCGACCUGAGGGUGAAUUUGAACGUCCCCAGCCUGUACAUCUGGGUAAGGUAGAGCGAUCGCAAAUUGUUCGCCAUGAAGAUAACUUACAUCUAGAAGGAACAUUUGAUCGCACGGAAAAAACAGUUUAUAUAGCUGGUGAGCGACCAAAACCUAUAAAGCCUGAAGACAACCUUAAACCGGAAGGAGAAUUUACCACUCCUCAAAAGACUCAGUUCCGCCCUGCAGAACGGCCUAAGCAAGUAAUUCCUAAAGAUAAUCUGAAACCGGAAGGUUCAUUUGAAUCUCCUGAGAAGCCGAAAUUCCAGCCUGGAGAGCGUCAAAAACCAAUUCGUCACGGCGAUAAUCUAAAACCAGAAGGAGCAUUCGAACGUCCUGAGAAGGCACCAUACCAGCCAGCUGAGCGUCCAAAACAAAUUCGCCCAGAAGACAAUCUGAAGCCCGAAGGUACAUUCGAAUCUCCCGAGAAACCGGUGUAUCAGCCAGGUGAGAGACAAAAGCCCAUUCGCCAUGGUGAUAACCUGAAGCCUGAAGGCAAUUUCGAGCGUCCUGAAAAAUCUGCAUUCCGACCUGCAGAACGUCCGAUACAAGUGCGCCCAGAAGACAACUUGAGACCAGAGGGGUCAUUUGAAACACCGGAAAAGCCAAAGUAUCAACCAGGAGAGAGACAGAAACCUAUUCGCCAUGGAGAUAACCUUCGCACCGAAGGAGAGUUUGAACGUCCUGAAAAUUACAUCAAGCCCGCCGACCGCCCUAAACAGGUUCGACCUGAAGAUAAUUUGAAACCGGAAGGUACCUUCCAAGUACCUGAUAAGCCGAAAUAUCAACCGGGAGAAAGACAAAACCGAUACGCCGGAGACAACCUUAAACCAGAAGGUGAGUUUGAAAGGCCUAUGGAAAAACCGGGCUAUCAACCAGCUGAGAGGCCAAAACAAGUGAAAACCCAAGACAAUCUUUAUAUAGAAGGCGAGUUCCAUUCAUUGAAGCAGUACAAAGAACAGAAACAGCGUAAAGAAGCGGAGAUUAAAGAGGUUCAUGAGAAUGGUAUUUUGGAUGGUGCUGUAAUGGUAACCACUCAAACGGUGACAACGAUUCUCAAAGGCGACAAGCCGAAACCUACAGGUAAAACAAUAACUACAUCUGAAACAAAAGACAAUACUAGUCUGUCGCUUGCAUCCGAACGGCACCAGAAACAAAUCACUUCUUCAACUUCGCACAUCCACCAAGCUGAUGUGAAUCAGCAGCAUCUGGCUCAGAACAUUAUCGAUUCGAGAACAAUUCAGAAUGUUGACGGACAGACUAUAUCUAAAGAUACUCAAGAACGCAUUCAUUCUGGAACAGUUGAAAAGACUUCGAUGAGAGGAACUUCGUCAGCGCAUACUCAAUCAAUGAAAAAUAUAAUUCAGGGUACGAACAUUCAGGAACAACAUGCAACGCACAAAACAUCAAAAUCGUCUACAGGUCAGCAUAUUAUUCAUACAUCGGACACAACGUUUGGAGUUCCUCUUGGACAUGGCCCUCAUGAUGUAAAUAUUACGUCUGAAACGAUCAAAAGCACUAGGCAAGGAACUGACAAUCACCAUAAUAAUGUAUCCUCGCAACAUCUUACCAGUGGAAAAACGUCUACAUCAACUGCUUAUUCAUCGUCGACCACAUCCCAGAAGGUUAUUCAUUCUGGCGAACUCCAUGAACACCACGGACAUCAUCAACUUCAUACAUCGAAAAAUGUUGUGCCGCAAUCGGAUGUACAGCAGAAGAUAUCGUCACAACAACAUAUAUCUGGCAAGACAUCAGACCAUAAAACGUCGUCUACCAUUCAGAAUAUUGUCUUCUCAUCGGACGAUUCACAUGGUACACCUGCAGGACGUGCUACAUCGCACGAGCAUUAUUCAGGAUCGAGCGCUUCUUCAGCAAGUCAGCGUGUAAUUAUCGAUGGAAAUGUCGUCACGGACAAAACAGUCGCCCAUCAGUCAGGACUCGAGAAGGUUGUUGAGGAUGGAGUGGUUAAGGUUGAUAAAUCGUUCAAUGAGAAACGAUCGUCUGGAUUCGAUGGAAAAGUGUCAUUGCAAGGCUACGACUCCACGAAAACCAUCACCGGAAAAGAACGUUCGAAGAACAAUAUAAUACAUGGAUCGAGUGCUCAGCAGGACCAGUACAGGAAUGGUGUUGAUAAAGGUGGAAGAACAGUAGUUGAUGAUGGUACCACUCAGGUGCAAGUAAAGAAACUGGUGGGAGGAAAAUGGGUCACUAGAACCAUAACUGAGAAGGUCUCCAAUACACACGAUGUUCAAUCAGAUAAACGUAGUGCUGUUUCCAAGCAGGUCAUCAAAUCUUCCUCUAAUAGUAAUAUAAGUCAGCAUUCCAGUAGCAGCCAAAGUACGAAGCUCGUAGGUGGUAAACUGGUAUAUGUUAAGGAUUCUUCUGAUAGCACAGAUAAUUCGCAUAAGACGGGUCGAAACCAACAACGUGGUAGUUCCAGUAUUCAUCUCGGAGAGGAAAAUUCGAGCAUUUCCAAGCAUUCAACAACGUCCAAGAUUAUAGGGGGAAAAUUGGUUCAUGUGACAAGUAAUGAGGGUAAGGGCAGCAAUAUAGCCUCAACAGUCAAUGGGGCACAUAGCAAGUCUGUAGAUAAUAUAACACAUUCCGGAUCAACAUCUGUGACGAAAUCAUCGAAGACAGAAAGUAGUGAAACGAAGCGAACAGACUCGAAGCAAAUCUCCCAGAUUAUGUCUCAUGACUCCGCCACUCAUGGUGACGAGAAGCUCUACAAUCGAAAGAGUACGUUUUCAUCGGAAAAUGCCGGUAAUUCUAUAUUAUGUCGACAACAGCAAUCCAAUGUUCACCCAUCGAACGCUAGUAGUAUGAGCGUUUCAGGGUCCAUCCAGCGGAAGAGCAUCUCUAACCUGAACGACAGUGCCAUGUAUUCUACAACGAAUCGAACCAGCUACAGUUCAUUGCACCGUCGCGAAAAAGAGUCUGCAGACUCUCGAAUGCAGAACUAUUUGAAAACCAUAGAAUCUGGAACGAUCAACUCUCGCGCAAAACUGCAACCCUGUCCUCCGCCUACGUUGAACACGUCGACCAAUGUCACCACUAGCAGCAGCACCAUCGGACAGCAUUCAGGCAACAUGCAACAAACUAAAGUUUUGCGUGACUACCAUGCUGCGUUGAACACGACGAAGAGCUCCACGAAGUCCAAUGCAUCCAGCAUUUCGUUCGGAGAUGAUAACAAAUUCCACGGAACAAGUUCGUACAAGAUGCAGUAUGUUCAACAGAACGACGGCCGAUGCCCCGCCCAUGCCAUUAAUGAUAAUCAUAAGAUUUCGAAAGUAACUAAGCAGCAUACAUACUACAUGCACGAUAGAAGAUGAUUCCGUUAUUAUUUCGACAAUCCUGACGAAUUGCCUAACGCAUUAAUAGCUGCUUGUUGAUGCUUACUUUAUAUUGAUAAAGUGAAUAAAUAUGACAAAAUAUUCUGUGCUUGAUGGAUACUUUUUUAUUUGUUAAACUAAUAUAUGUUAUACAAAUUUUAUGGCUUCGCUUUUGAAAUAAAAUAAAUAUACGAAUGAAA